AUUUUGGGAUUUUGAAUUUUGGGGUUUUUAUAUUUUCUAUUGGUAUUAUCAUUAUAGCUUGGUAUUUAUCGACGGCUGAGCUGAAGCUUGGUUUAGAUAUUGGGAAUUUUCUGGGUUUAUGAUUGUUGGGAACUGAUUUGGCUGCCCACAAGCUCUAGAGACUGUUGUCGGUUGAUUCAACUCGAUAGGUUUGUAGGACGAGUGAUAUUAAGUUGGCACGUUUAGAGGAGGAAUAUAAAAGCAGGAUUUUUGAUCUGAGGUUCUAUGCAUUCUUUACUGUCCCUUUGCGUUGGCGGACUUAGAUGGACGUUGGCUCAUUGAAGCUACAACUUGAAAGUCAGACAUACACAACCCCUUUGUUAAUGGAGCCAUCUAGACCAGAAAAUAUUAACAGCAACGAGCAUAUUAUUGACAUAGCCAGGAGUGGAGAUGCCUCCUCAUCUAGCUUGCCUCAAGAUAGAUCUUUAAAUAGCUUAAAUGCCACAGAGCAAGACAGACCUUCAAGUACUCCACGCGCACCCACAUUACAACCUUCAAUCUUUUCUUCUAAUGGAUCGAACUCCAGAAACACUUCAGUGGCAAGGAGAGGAGAGACUCGUCGACGCAGAAGUCCGUUGAAUUCUGGUAUAUGGAUAUCUAUCGAACUGGUUCUUACGGUGAGCCAAAUCGUUGCAUCUAUUGUCGUUUUGUCUUUGUCAAGGGAUGAGCAUCCUCGCACUCCAUUGUUUGCAUGGAUUGUUGGUUAUGCAUCUGGAUGUGUUGCUACUCUUCCUCUUCUUUAUUGGCGCUAUCGUCAUCGCAACCAAGUCUCAGAACAAGAUUCUACUCAAGCUCGUCAGAAUUCUCAGCUAUCGGCAAGACCAUUUUCACUCUCUCUAUCUAGGGCUUCAGAAGGAGAAGAUCUUCAGACUGCUACUGCAACCCAUAGAAGCAAUCAAAGUUCGGCAGUACUAAGCAGAAGAGUCAAAGUACUUGUGGAAUACUUCAAGAUGGCAUUGGAUUGUUUCUUUGCGGUUUGGUUCGUGGUUGGCAAUGUUUGGAUAUUUGGAGGACACUCAUCUGCGAACGACGCUCCUAACCUGUACAGGUUAUGUAUAGUAUUUCUGACAUUUAGCUGUAUCGGGUAUGCCAUGCCUUUCAUUUUAUGUGCAACAAUCUGCUGCUGUCUUCCCUGUAUAAUAUCAGUUCUUGGGUUUCGAGAAGAUCUGACACAGGCUCGAGGAGCAACAACUGAAUCAAUUAAUGCUCUCCCAACAUACAAAUUCAAGAUGAAGAAAAACAGAAAUGGUGAUAGCAAUGAAGGUGUUGUGGCUGCAGGAACUGAGAAGGAGCGAGUGAUUUCUGGAGAGGAUGCGGUUUGUUGCAUCUGCUUGGCAAAAUAUGCAAACAAUGACGAGCUGAGAGAGUUGCCAUGUUCUCAUUUUUUCCACAAGGAGUGUGUGGAUAAGUGGUUGAAGAUCAAUGCGUCUUGUCCUCUAUGCAAGAGUGAGGUUGGUGAGAGCCUUUUAGGUUCUCUCUCCUCGCUCAAUGGCAGUCAGCAACGGAGUGAUAGUAGGGUUGGCAAUGAAGUGGCUGAGGUCAACACCGUGUUUUAGGCGGCAAACAUGUAUUCACCUCUAUGACUUGAAGAAUAUAUCUAUGCAACAAUUCUCUUUUUGAGAUGGAUGGCUGAUUAUCCGAGUUUCCAACCAUUCCAUUUGUUUAUCUUUUAUCAUGGGUCGGAGGCAACUUGGUAGAGACAUCCAGCACAGGCAAUUGCCCCUCCUGACAGAGGCUUUUGACAAUGUUAAAGUUGGAAUGUGGUUCUCUAGUUUGUUGAUGGUGUAAGUAAAAGUUACUUUUGCAUUUCAACAACACAUGAAUGUAAAGAUCAGAUUCAGGGUUUGUUCCAGGAUUGUUAGAGAUAAUAAUAUAUGGAUUCUUGUUUAUAUUUAGUUAUUUACCGUCUCCUUC